AUGGUAUCAAAAGAAGAUAAUAAUGGUAUUGUCGUACUCAAAUGGAAAGAUUCGCGGGACGUGAGAAUUUUAUCAACAAAGCAUGCUCCCAUUAUGGUACCGAGUACAAGUAACAUUCCUCACAUUCAUGCUGCUUCUACAAGCCAACAUUCAUCUGAAAAAUUGAAACCACUAGCUGUUCUUGCAUACAAUAAAGGAAAGUGUGGCAUAGAUUAUUCCGAUCAGAUGGUGUCUUAUGCCAGUACAAUGAGAAAAGGACUGAAAUGGUACCGAAAACUUGGUAUUCAGCUUCUUCUGGGAGUUACAGUUGUAAACGCUUCAGUCGUUUACAAGAUUGCAACAAAAAAAAUAUAA